CAAUCCUGAAGAAGGAACAGACCCGCCCGCUCCUGUUUGUUGUGUGUUGUGUCCGCCUCUGCCCCUGUGUUUGUUUUUAAGUGCUCGUGUUGCCAAAAUGAUGGAUAAGGCUGUGAGAAUUGUGUUCGUUGCAAUGUUGGCCAUAAGCCUGACUCAAGCAAGGAACUACAACAAUGGGAACGGCAACGGUAAUGGAAAUGGCAAUGGAAACGGCAACGGAAACAAUGGCAAUGGAGGCUUUAAUGGUAACGGCGGGUCCAAUGGCAACGGCGGAUUCAAUGGCAACGGAGGGUUCAAUGGAAAUGGAGGUUUCAAUGGCAACGGCGUGUUCAAUGGCAACGGAGGCUUCAAUGGCAAUGGUUACUCUCUGGCCGAUGCCAUUGGCGGUGGAGGCGUCCCAGGUGUGGACUACCCCAUCCUGGCCUUCGUCCCCAACACCGGCUUCUCGUGCAACGGCCAGCUGCCUGGAUAUUACGCUGAUACUGCACAACAAGCCGGAUGCCAGGUGUUCCACAUCUGUCAGGCAGGAGGCAGAAUCAACUCCUUCCUCUGUCCCAAUGGAACAAUCUUUAACCAGCAGUACUUCGUUUGCGAUUGGUGGUACAACUUUGACUGUUCCACGGCUGAACAGUUCUAUGGUCUAAACGCUCAAAUCGGAGUCAGCAAUGGUCACAAUGGAAAGAAUGGUUUUAAUGGUAAUGGAAAUGGCUUCAACGGUAAUGGCUUUAAUGGAAACGGUAAUGGUUUCAAUGGAAAUGGCAAUGGUAACGGUUUUAACGGAAAUGGUAAUGGUAAUGGUUUUAAUGGAAACGGCAAUGGCUUCAAUGGUAAUGGCAAUGGCUUUAAUGGAAAUGGCAAUGGCUUCAACGGAAAACGUUAUAAUAAUGGUAAUGGCAACGGUAAUGGAAAUGGUAAUGGUAACGGUAAUGGUAAUGGCAAUGGCAAUGGAAACGGGAAUGGCAAUGGCAAUGGAAACGGGAAUGGCAAUGGCAAUGGAAAUGGGAAUGGUAAUGGCAAUGGCAAUGGAAACGGGAAUGGUAAUGGAAAUGGGAACGGCAAUGGCAAUGGAAACGGAUAUGGCAACCGUCUCAAUAAUGGCAACGGAAGAAGAUAUGGACGGUGAAAAUGGGUAACCCUUAGCCAUUCAUAAUACCAUGAAUUCACUUUACUUCGUCCAAGAUUUGUUGCAUUGUUUAUAUUUAAAAAAAACAAAAAAGUACUAAAACGGGCUCCUAGUCAUAAUAUAUGUUUUGUGUUCCUUGGUCAAAUUAGCAUUUGUUUUCCACUGUCACCUGUUAUCCUCAUAAUCCAAGAAUUGUUUGUUUGUUAAGUCUGUGUAUUCAUCCAGACAUCUAUUUUGAAAGCUAGUCACCUAGACAUCAUUUUAAGCUUAGUCACUCGUCUUCUUCGCUCAAGACCAGGAUUUAAACUUCUUUUCAAUUUUCAUUUCUUAGUCUUCAUCAACGUUUUCUUUCUCGAAUUGCUUAUAACUUUGCAAUAAGUGUCCUUCGAAUGCCACCUGUUGUCCAUUUUGUCUUCAAAUAUAUGAUGUUAAAUUUUCCUAAAACCGAAGACCUCGUGCGGGAACUACCGUGCGCAUAUCGGCUGUCGCUUGUUUUUAUUUCCUUUUGUUUCUAAUCAGAUACCUUGUCAUGCACUCCUACGAAUCUCUUUUCUUCUUUUUCUUCUUCUUCUUCUAUUUCUGUUUCCCAUUUGCGUGCUAUAUUUUAAGAUGUGAAUAUGAUUUUAUUUGCCUAUGUUUUCUAGAAAAUAUACUGCACUAUGGCGGCUGGUAAUUGUGCUUGAAAUCUGUACUCCGUAACGGUUGUUGAAUAAGUAAUUGGUCUUAGAUGAAUCAUCAAGCUUGUGACCAUAGUAUUUAAAGAGUAUCAAUAAAGAGUCCUGACA